GCCAUGGUGAUUUCCGCAGCGAACCGAGCCGGACCAGGCUGCGCUGAACCCGAAUCUUCCGCUGCUGCUGCCAAACUCUCCGGAAGGAUGAGGGCCUCCCUGCCGCCUCUGGGGCCCCCUGUGAGCCGGGACCGCAUCAUCGCCAGCUUCCCUAAGUGGUACACGCCUGCCGCCUGCCUGCAGCUCAAGGAGCACUUCCACGGGCAGGUCAACGCCGCCUGCCAGCGCAGGAACACGGGCACCGUCGGCCUCAGCCUCUCCAAGGCCGUUGUCGUCGGUGACCUCCACGUGGGCAAGACCAGCCUCAUCCACAGGUUUUGCAAGAACGUUUUUGACCACGACUACAAGGCCACCAUCGGGGUGGACUUCGAAAUCGAGCGCUUUGAGAUUGCUGGGAUGCCCUACAGCCUCCAGAUCUGGGACACAGCAGGGCAAGAGAAGUUCAAGUGCAUCGCAUCUGCCUACUACCGGGGCGCCCAGGUGAUCAUCACGGCCUUUGACCUCACGGAUGUGCAGACCCUGGAACACACCAGGCGAUGGCUGGAGGACGCGCUGAGGGAGAACGAGCCGGGCUCCUGCUUCAUCUUCCUCGUGGGGACCAAGAAGGACCUUCUGUCCAGGGCGGCGUGUGAGCAGGCGGAGGGGGAGGCCGUGCACCUGGCCAACGAGCUGCAGGCCGAGUACUGGUCGGUGUCGGCGAAGACAGGGGAGAACGUGUCGGCUUUCUUCAGCCGCGUGGCCGCCCUGGCGUUCGAGCAGUCGGUGCUGCAGGCCCUGGAGAGGAGGAGCGGCUGCCGGCUCCUGGUCGGCGACGGAGACCUCAUCCGGAUGGAGGGAAGCCCCUCCGAGACCCAGGGGAGCGAGAGGCCCUCUGGCCUGGGCUGCUGUUAGCUGGGGUCUGUGUCCGAGGCCUCCACUCCCGACACGCGUGGGCAGCGCCAUCUGAAACUGCGGAGGGGGCACGUGGAGUCUGAACUCAGCGAUGUAUCUGUGCAGGCGCCACUCCCGCUUCUCUAGCAGGAAAGCCCGCACUAGCUGCCCGGGGCCCGCACUGCCCGACUGGGGGGCGCCGUGGUGCCACCUGGAAGGCCAGGCUCACCCACAGACUCACCCGUCUGCCCGGCCUUGGGAAACCUCACACUGCAGGCACAGGACACGUGUGCCGUGGCCCUCAGCACCCGUCAGCAUCUGCACGUGCCCUCAGCCUCUCCUGGUGGGCAGGGCCUGGCCGAGUCGGCACCCUAGGACCACCUGCCACCCCGCCUGGGACUUCCCUUCACAGCAGGACUCGCACUCUGGGUCCCCCGCCCAGUUCCUCUGCCAGAGCCGAGCGGGGUCCCCAAGGACCUUGCCUGCCUCGUGGGACCCUCCUCUCUGGAGGAGGACGGGUGAGAAGGCCUCUCUGGCUCCUCCUGGAUCCCCGGGUCCUGCCUCUGGUCAGUGGGCAAGGCCAGCCGAACAGGCCGCUCCUACCCCUCUGGCCCCUGGCAACCAGUCUCCCCAGCUGGGCUGAGGGGAAAAGACUGUCCAGCUGCCCCCGAGGUGACUCGCUGCUGCGUCCCUUGAGCACGGCACUGCCCGCUCUGCCCUGGCUCAGCAGUGCCCACGGCUGCCCCUGCUGCCCCUGUCCCCCUCCAGCCGGCACGGGGAAGGCCUGGGAAUGAGGAAACGCUGGGCACUCGCCUCUCAGGGCCUUUGCGAUGGCGUCCGGGUGUCUUCGGAGGACCCGGAGGUCCCCCAGAGUCAGCAUGCCGUCCCCCCAGCCCUCCUGCACACCCAGCCCUCUGCACACCCAGCCCUCCGCACACCCAGCCCUCUGCACACCCAGCCCUCCUGCACACCCAGCCCUCCGCACACCCAGCCCUCCUGCACACCCAGCCCUCCGCACACCCAGCCCUCCUGCACACCCAGCCCUCCGCACACCCAGCCCUCCUGCACACCCAGCCCUCCUGCACACCCAGCCCUCUGCACACCCAGCCCUCCUGCACACCCAGCCCUCCGCACACCCAGCCGGGUAGGCCCAGCCCCAGCCCCAGCUCCUGCCCAGUCCACGCCCUCUCCAUGCCCUGGGGUUGCUCCUCCAGGAGGACUACUAACGCCCCCACCCACCCACAGCCCUACCCACAGCCCCACCCACAGCCCCAGGGGUGCCGCCCAGCACCCCGGCAGGGCCCGCCCACUACAGGUGCUCAGGGCGGCGACUGCCCAACGUCGCUGGGGGAAGAACACGGGCAUCUUUUUCUGUUUAUUUCCCCUUUGCCACAUUUAUAGCUUUCUCUUUUUUAUGACGAUAUAAAAUCCUGCUUUGUAAACAUCACUCUUAAAGGGAAUGCGUGCUUUCUGUAAAAAACAAACCAAAAAUGAGUCAGAGCUUUGCAUG